AUGGGAAAGACGUACAUCGUGGAGCACCUCGACCCUGAGCUGGGGCCGUGGUCCGAACUCGAGUACAUCGCCAUCGCCAAAGAGACCCAUGCCGCCGCCGGCACCUUCCUGCUGUCCUCCCUGCCCGCCGCCUUCAAGGCCCCGGCGAAGCUGAGCGAAGUCCCGGCUUUCAAGGCCGAGAACCGGGGCGUCGAGGAGCUGUACGCCCACGACAAGUCCCGCGUGUGCCUGCUCGACCCCGCCGCGGCCAGCGACCUGAGCCCGGAGGACGGUGAAAAAUUUGACGCCUUUUUGUUUGGCGGCAUCCUGGGCGAUGACCCCCCAAGAGACCGGACCUCCGAGUUGAGGAAGAAAGGAUUCGAAGGCAGACGGCUCGGGCCCACUCAAAUGACCACCGACACCGCCGUCCGUGUCACCAGAAUCGUUGUCGAGGAGAAGACAACACUGGACAAGAUCCCCUACGUUACCUACCCCGAGCUCAAAUUCAGCGAGCAUGAGAGCACCGAGAUGCCCUUCAAGUACGUGACGGACAAAAACGGCGAGCCCAUCAUGCCCGAGGGCAUGGUUGAUCUCAUCCGCAAGGACGCCGACAAGGCCAUUGAUGACCUCUUCUAA